UGGGAGAGCAUGGCAGUCAUUCUGUGUCCUCGGCAGUGGACGUCAACACAUUCUAACUAGAGGCGUAGUCGUCUCGUCUCAUCCCUCCGGCUACACGUUGUGUCAAUGUUGGUCUUCACGUCGUCACGCUGACACAGGAGCAUCUUACAUAUAUUUCAGAUAUGGAGUGGACCACUGUAGUUGCAGUUACGCUGGUGACGGUGAUGGCGAAGACAGUGGGUGGCACCGUCCAUCAGUGUUUAGAUGACAGCAACCAGGACUCCGCCGGAGACUUCAGCUCAGACCUCACUGGUAUCACCGACUUCGGCUUCGACCUCUACAGGCAGCUCACCGGCAAAGACACAUCCGAGAACUUCUUUUUCUCCCCCUACAGCAUAUGGACAGCACUUACCCUGACUUACUUCGGAUCAGCGGGAAAUACGAAAAAACAGUUAGAAGCUGCUCUGAGGGUGAAGGGCAAGAAAUUAACACUAAGGUUGUGGCGAUCACUUGGAACUCUUUACGACAAGCGGGCAACCUCCCAACCUCCCUAUACGUUCACUAUGGUCAACCGCGCCUACUUCAACUCCAACCUCCAACUACAAGAUUGCAUUACCAAAAUCCUAUACAAAGAGUUGCAAAUGGUCGACUUCUCUGAUACUUAUAAAGUUUCAAGAGAUGUCAACGAAUUCGUGUCUAGCACCACGAAGGGCCACAUUACUGAGCUGGUCUCCCCGGAUGACAUGGUGGACGCUCUCAUGGUUCUGGUCAACGCAGCUUACUUCAAGGGGACCUGGUUGUACCAAUUCGACCCCUCCUCUACCACUACCAGAAAGUUCUUCGUCAGUCCUGGACAGUCUGUCGACGCUCCCAUGAUGAAGCUCAGGACCAGUGUUCUCAGACUAGCUCAGUCGACAGAGCUGGGAGCCCAAAUUCUGGAAUUACCUUAUGCUGGCAAUGUCAUCUCCAUGUUGCUGCUGCUGCCAGAUGUAGAAGGAGAAGCAGGGUUCUCCAAUAUGGUGUCAGCCCUGAGUGGUGGGUCCCUCUCCAGAGUCACCAGCGGAUGGAAUUCACAAAAUGUGCUCGUAGAGCUCCUCCUGCCCAAGUUUAAACUGGAAGACGCAGUCAGUGAUGAACUGAUGGAGGGCCUCAAAAACCUGGGAGUCCGUGAUUUGUUCGAAGACUCCUUGGCCAACAUGACGAGGUUUGUAGUGGGCAAGCCUCUCAGUGUCAGCAAGACCGUCCACAAGGCCUUAGUCGAGGUGUCAGAGGAGGGCACGGAGGCGGCGGCGGCGACGAUGGCAAUGGCUUCGAACGCCAUGUCCAGCAAGGAAGAUCCGCCUUUCCAAAGGUUCUACUGCAACAAACCCUUCAUGUUCCUCAUCUACGACAUUCAGACCAAGAACGUCCUCUUCAUGGGAGCUUACAAGUCCCCCCCUCCCCCCUGAGAGACAGUAGAUAAGGAGCUGGUGGAUGGAACAAAAAAAGGCAGUAGCAUGGAGACGAAAGAAAAAAAAUAUUUUUAAAAAUUAUAUGUCACAAGAGACAGAGAUGCACAUAUAUAGCAGUAUAAGAAUUUUGCAAAUAUAAACAUAAACAUAUUUAUAUAUUAAAGAAAAAAAACCAGUUGAUAUUUGUUUACGUUAAAAUGUAGAUGACCAUUCAAUAGCCUCGGGGUGGACGGGGGAAGAAUUUGGAUUGUGGACGGUUCCUUACUUUUUAGUUUUUAUUAAAGAAUUUUAAAUUAAAA